CGUGGCGGCUGGGGGAGAGGAGGAGGCGGAGGAUCGCCUUUCCUCAGACGCGGGAGCGUCCGGGGCGCGGAGCCCGGAACUGGGAGGACGCGGCCACUGCGGGGUCCGGCCGGGCCAGCAGGUUCCGUACGUCAUUUACCUGUGGUUAAUGAAGCAGGAGAGAACAGAUCACCAAAAAUAUCUUGCUUUGAUUGCGGGUGUUGGAGGGAGAACCAAGAGCUUGUUUAUUUUCGGUUGGACCAAAAGAAUCACCCUGGAAAAAGAGACAUGAAUGUCUGCAAUGCCAUUUCCUGACAGGAGAAGGAAAGGAGAUCAGCAGCUAGCUAGCUGGAUUUCGAACAAGCAGGAUUUUGUGUUCAUUGCUUCCAACUGCAGACUUGAGUUGCCCACGCUUAAACCAGAGAUACUCAGAACCCAGACAAGGCAAAAGGAUUUCUUUCUCCUGUGGUUUUUGAGAUCAACUGAACUGCAAUGUCUAGGAGACAAAGCCAGAAAGAUAAAUGCAGUGCGUGCAAUUGUUCCAAAUAAGAGCAACAAUGAAAUCAUACUGGUUUUGCAGCACUUUGAUAACUGUGUGGACAAAACAGUACAAGCAUUCAUGGAAGGUAGUGCCAAUGAAGUACUGAAGGAGUGGACAGUGACAGGCAAGAAAAAGAACAAAAAGAAGAAAAGCAAACCAAAGCCUACAGCAGGAGCAAGCAACAGCAUGCCAGAUCCCAGCAAAUCUGCUUCCACUCAAGAGGAGCAGUCUGCACCUUCCUCAGAAAAAGGCGGUGUUAAUGGUUACCACGUCAACGGUGCCACCAAUGACACCGAGUCGGCAGACUCACUCAGUGAGGGUCUGGAGACACUUUCGCUGGAUGCUAGAGAGCUGGAGGAUCCUGAGUCGGCCAUGCCAGAUACACUGGAUAGAACAGGAUCCAUGCUGGAGAAUGGGGUCUCUGAUUCUGAGUACAAGCCUUUGACCCUGCACCCCACUCAGAGCUCUCAGCAGGCCAAGAAUGCUGCCAGAGGUGCCUCCAGAUCCACCAGCGGGUCUCAGGUUUCAGCUCUGGGGAUGGAAGAUGUUCCAGUUUCCUCCACCAGUAAAAAGCUAGGUUCCAAUAUUGAAAAAUCAGUAAAAGACCUCCAGCGCUGCACAGUAUCUCUUGCACGAUAUCGAGUUGUAGUUAAAGAAGAGAUGGAUGCUUCCAUUAAGAAAAUGAAGCAAGCUUUUGCUGAAUUGCAGAGCUGUUUAAUGGAUCGGGAAGUAGCAUUGCUGGCUGAAAUGGACAAAGUGAAAGCUGAAGCAAUGGAAAUUUUGCUCAGCCGACAAAAGAAAGCGGAACUUCUGAAGAAGAUGACUGAUGUGGCUGUUCGAAUGUCAGAGGAGCAACUGGUUGAGCUCAGAGCUGAUAUCAAGCAUUUUGUUAGUGAGCGGAAGUACGACGAGGAUCUGGGACGAGUGGCCCGGUUCACCUGUGACGUAGAGACCCUGAAGAAGAGCAUCGAUUCAUUUGGACAAGUGUCUCAUCCAAAGAACAGCUAUUCAACCAGAUCCCGGUGUAGCUCAGUGACGUUGGCAUCCCUGGGGAGCCCAAGCGACACUUCUGCUGCUUCCUCCACCUGUGCCUCUGCUCCCGGCCUUACAGGUGCUAACAAGAAAAACUCAGCACCAGGAGAGCCUCCUGCAGCCUCAGCAAACUCCGGUGGCCGCCCCUACCUGCCUCAUCGGGAGGUAUUUCCAGGAAACAGGCGAGGAGCACCAGGAUACAGGCCACCAGGCCAGAAGUCCAGUGACCCAGCCAGCCAAGGGCGACUCGACAGUGCAGGUCGUUACAGAAAUAGCUCAUGGUAUUCAUCGGGUUCCAGGUAUCAGAAUGCUCCUCCCCCGGCACCGGGAAACACAAGCGAAUGGAGCCCAGCUCACUCUGCAGGGAACAGCGUGGAGCCUGGCCCGCCCAAGCCCACGUUCAAAAAGGGGCUUCCCCAGCGCAGACCCAGGGCCUCUCAGCCUGAAGCCAUGAACUCCUGAGGGCAGCGCAGUGGGCCUCACUCUUCUCUCCCAUACAGUUCAACUGAUAACUGGACUGUAGGAAAUUUACAGUUAGAUUUAAUAACAAAAGAAGUUUAUGCAUAUCACUUUUUGUGCCAUUCUAAGUAUUUUUGGUUUCUUCUCUGCUAUUUCUUUACCAUUUAUGGAGGGGAAGCUGUUUUUUUCCCUCGCCCUUUCCCAGUGAUACAGAUUGAUUCUGAUUGGCCGUUUCCACCAGGAAUCAGAGGAAACUAUUGCCAGGCUUCCCAAGGGUGAGCAGCAUUCUCCCCGGUGUACCAGGUCUUCCAGGUGUCCAAAGAGGCCUUACUUGGGCGCGCCCAUGGCCGAGCCCGCCGCAGGAGGAGGGGUCAAAGCUUGUCCUGUCACCUCAGCAACCUGAGCAGAAGCCAGGGUGCCUGCUGGUCCCCUGCAAACAGCAGCCUGAGCGGGAGAGGCGGCGAGAGGGUGCGUGCAGCACUGAGGGGACACACAGUGGUGAAAAGCAGAGAGCCCUGGGGCUGUGUGAGGAUUCUGCCCGAGGCCAGACGCACAGCAGGGUUUCAGCCUCCUACCUGGUGCCACAUUGUGACCUGCGGUUCCUUCACAGCGCCCGAAGCCUUGUUUCCUGUGCCUUAGACUGCAAACCAGUCUAGGGAAGUCUAUGGGAAAGUAGCAUUUAAUUCAAGUUAAAAAAAACAAGUAUUUCUCUGUUUCAACCUUCGGAGAUUUGUUUGUUUGUAUUCCCCAUUUUCUGAAUCCUGUUCUGAUCCUGAACCAAAUUUAUAGCAAUAUGAUUCAUGUAAAUCUGAGGUGUUACCCAUCAAAAAGUUGCUGCCAUCAGUCUUUAUAGUUGAAUAAAUAAAAACGGCUGCGUGAAUGUUC